AAAGGCACAGAGCGUCUCUCUUUCCCCGGUCUAAACUCGGUUCUCGACUGCUCCCGGGCGCCGUUGUAUUGUGGGAUCGCGGCGCCGCGCCUGAAAAGCUGGGAUCUGCAGGGGCGUCCACUAGCUAGCGCCUCCUGUCGUCUGUAAAGCUGCCCUGCCAUUCCUCGGCACCUCAGCUCCCCCCCACACCCCCAUCGCCUCCUCCUCCAUCCUCCAGUUCAAAAUGGCGGCGGCGGCGGCAGCGGCGGCGGCGAUGGCUCCUCCGGGCUGCCCGGGUUCGUGCCCCAACUUCGCCGUAGUGUGCUCCUUCUUGGAGCGCUACGGGCCGCUGCUCGAUCUGCCUGAGUUGCCGUUCCCUGAGCUGGAGCGGGUGCUGCAGGCGCCGCCGCGGGACGUCGGCAACGGAGAAGUACCAAAAGAAUUGGUGGAGCUCCAUUUGAAGUUGAUGAGGAAGAUUGGCAAAUCCGUUACAGCAGACAGAUGGGAAAAAUAUUUGAUCAAGAUAUGCCAAGAGUUUAAUAGUACCUGGGCGUGGGAGAUGGAGAAGAAAGGCUAUCUUGAAAUGAGUGUUGAAUGCAAACUAGCACUCCUAAAGUACCUCUGCGAGUGUCAGUUUGAUGACAAUCUUAAAUUCAAGAAUAUUAUCAAUGAGGAGGAUGCCGAUACCAUGCGUCUCCAGCCAAUUGGUCGAGACAAAGAUGGCCUCAUGUACUGGUACCAGUUGGAUCAAGAUCAUAAUGUCAGAAUGUACAUAGAGGAACAAGAUGAUCAAGAUGGCUCAUCAUGGAAAUGCAUUGUCAGAAAUCGAAACGAGUUGGCUGAGACUCUUGCACUCCUGAAAGCACAAAUUGAUCCUGUACUAUUGAAAAACUCCAGCCACCAGGACAACUCUUCACGGGGAAGCCCCAGCUUAGAAGAUGAGGAGACUAAAAAGGAGGAAGAAACACCUAAACAAGAGGAACAGAAGGAAAAUGAAAAGAGGAAGAGUGAAGAGCAGCCAGUAGAUUCAGAAAGUCGUCCUAUACCCAAUGCUCUGGAAGAAACUACUGUGAAAAUAGAAAAAGAGGAUGAAAAGGAACUUGUGAAACUGCCAGUCAUAGUAAAGCUAGAAAAACCUUUGCUGGAAAGUGAGGGGAAAAAAAUGAUCAAAGAAGAAACUGAUGCCUUCAAGGAAAAUGUCAAACCCAUUAAAGUUGAAGUGAAGGAAUAUAGAGCAGACCCUAAAGAUAUCAAAGGAAGCAUGGAGAAGCCAGAGCCCGAGAGGCUGGAGUUUGGUGGCAACAUUAAAUCUUCUCAAGAAAUUACUGAGAAGUCCACAGAAGAAACAGAGAAACUUAAAAAUGACCAGCAGGCCAAGAUACCACUAAAAAAACGAGAAAUUAAACUGAGUGAUGAUUUUGACAGUCCAAUCAAAGGACCUUUGUGUAAAUCAGUUACUCCAACAAAAGAAUUUUUGAAAGAUGAAAUAAAACAAGAGGAAGAGACUUGUAAAAGGGUCUCUACAAUCACUGCUUUGAGUUAUGAAGGGAAACAGCUGGUAAAUGGAGAAGUUGGUGAUGAAAAGGUAACUCCAAAUUUUAAGACAGAGCAAAUGGAGACAAAGUUUUAUGAUACAAAGGAAGAUAGCUGUAGCCCCUGUAAGGAUAAAGGUGUCGUCAUGGAGGGAAAUGGAGCAGAGUCCUUAAAUUCCGUCAUAACAAGUAUAAAAAUAGGUGAUCUUGAGAAAGAAGGGGUCCCUUUAGGGAAAGAUGCAGAAAGUUCAAUAUCAGAUGUAGAGACCCAGAGUCCAAAAGAGCAGAUAGUGGAAACUGUUCCUUCAGAAAUGGAAACCUCUCUGGAGGCUUCUGAGAUGGCCACAGAUCUCUCUUUAAAAACUGCUUUAUCUACUGCUGAAUCCCAUACCAUGAAAGUUGAAGAGAAGUCUCCCAAAAGUAACAAGGAUAAGCGCCCACCAGUUCUAGAAUGUCUUGAAAAGUUGGAGAAGUCCAAAAAGACUUUUCUUGAUAAGGACACACAAAGAUUGAGUCCAAUACCAGAGGAGGUACCAAAGAGUACUCCAGAAUCAGUAAGGCCAGGCUCUCCCGAGGCAGCUGAAACUUCUUCACUGUCUAACAUGGCUGGCCAUUGUGAGAAACGGGACUCAGAAAAAGAAGUGGUAGAGUGUCAGAGCACAAGUUCUGCUGAAGGUCAGUCCCUGGAAAAAACAGACCCAGAAAUCCUAAAAGAGGAUUCCGAAUCCAUGAAAGUAGAAAUGGAUAACCUGGACAAUGCCCAGACAUCUGGUGCAGAGGACCUUUCUGAGACAAAAGGUUCUGUGCAAAAAAGUAAAUUUAAAUAUAAGCUGAUUCCUGAAGAAGAAACCACUACCCCAGAAAACACAGAGAUAACCUCUGAGAGGCAAAAAGAGGGCAUCAAAUUAACAAUUAGGAUAUCCAGUCGAAAGAAGAAGCCAGAGUCUCCUCCCAAAAUUCUAGAACCAGAAACCACGCAAGAGAAGUCAGAAAAGGAAGAAGAGAAAGCAACUGUGGGUCGUACUUUAAGGAGGUCUCCAAGAAUAUCUAGACCCACAGCUAAAGCAGCUGAGAUCAGAGAUCAGAAAGCUGAUAAAAAAAGAGGGGAAGGAGAAGAUGAAGUGGAAGAAGAGUCAACAGCUUUGCAAAAAACAGACAAAAAGGAAAAUUUGAAAAAAAUGGAGAAAGAUACAAAUUCUAAAGUAAGCAAGGUAAAAACCAAAGGCAAAGUUCGAUGGACUGGUUCUCGAACACGUGGCAGGUGGAAAUAUUCCAGCAACGAUGAAAGUGAAGGGUCUGACAGUGAAAAGUCAUCUGCAGCUUCAGAAGAAGAGGAAGAAAAGGAGAGUGAAGAAGCCGUCUUAGCAGAUGAUGAUGAACCCUGCAAAAAAUGUGGCCUUCCAAACCAUCCUGAGCUAAAAGCAGUGUGGUGUGAUGGGAAAAGCAUGGACCAGACAGACUUGGCAGCAGAUCCUGCUUCCACCACUUAUCAGAUUCUUCUGUGUGACUCUUGCGACAGUGGCUACCACACUGCCUGCCUUCGCCCUCCUCUGAUGAUCAUCCCCGAUGGAGAAUGGUUCUGCCCCCCUUGCCAACAUAAACUACUGUGUGAGAAAUUAGAGGAACAAUUGCAGGAUUUGGAUGUUGCCUUAAAGAAGAAGGAGCGUGCUGAACGCAGGAAAGAACGCCUGGUGUAUGUGGGUAUCAGUAUUGAAAACAUCAUUCCUCCACAAGAGCCAGAUUUUCCUGAAGAUCAUGAAGAAAAGAAAAAAGAUUCAAAAAAAUCCAAAGCAAACUUGCUUGAAAGGAGAUCAACAAGAACACGGAAAUGUAUAAGUUACAGAUUUGAUGAGUUUGAUGAAGCAAUUGAUGAAGCUAUAGAAGAUGAUAUCAAAGAGGCUGAUGGAGGAGGAGUUGGCCGAGGAAAAGAUAUCUCUACCAUCACGGGUCACCGUGGGAAAGACAUCUCUACUAUUUUGGAUGAAGAAAGAAAAGAAAAUAAACGACCCCAGAGGGCUGCUGCUGCUCGCCGGAAGAAACGCCGGCGAUUGAAUGAUCUGGACAGUGACAGCAACCUGGAUGAAGAAGAGAGUGAGGAUGAGUUCAAGAUCAGUGAUGGAUCUCAAGAUGAGUUUGUUGUAUCUGAUGAAAACCCAGACGAAAGUGAAGAAGACCCACCAUCUAAUGAUGACAGUGACACUGAUUUCUGUAGCCGAAGACUGAGGCGACAUCCCUCCCGGCCAAUGAGGCAAAGCAGGCGUUUGCGGAGAAAAACCCCAAAGAAAAAGUAUUCAGAUGAUGAUGAAGAGGAGGAGUCUGAGGAGAACAGUAGAGACUCGGAAAGUGAUUUUAGCGAUGACUUUAGUGAUGAUUAUGUAGAAACUCGGCGAAGGCGGUCAAGGAGGAACCAGAAAAGACAAAUUAACUACAAAGAAGAUUCAGAGAGUGAUGGUUCCCAGAAGAGUUUACGGCGUGGUAAAGAAAUCAGACGAGUUCACAAACGCAGGCUUUCCAGCUCAGAGAGUGAGGAGAGCUACCUGUCCAAGAACUCCGACAGCGAGGAGCUCGCUAAGGAGUCACAGCGGUCGGCUCGGAAGCGGGGUCGAAGCACAGAUGAGUGUUCAGAGGCGGAGGCGGAGGCAGAGGCAGGCAAACCGUCCCGGAAACGGCUGCACCGCAUCGAGACCGAUGAGGAGAGCGGCGGCGACAGCGCCCGCGGGGACGCGGACCCGCCCGCC